AUGCUCUUCCAGGCUUAUUUUACCACCAUUAUCACUUUCCUCGGCUUCCCAUCUUUCAACCCCCAGCAGGAGCCGUUACAGUAUGGAGGGAUCCCUGCCCCUUCUGUCCCUGAGGUCUUGACUUUUGUCCCUCCGGGAGCGGCGGAGUCGCCGGAGGAUGUCCCGUUUCGCUGCGACUAUUCUGCCAUGGCGAGGGAUUAUAUCUACAAUCCCUCGCCGAAUAAUCGAGGCGUGUGGCUUAAGCAUAAGUCUGACCCGUCUCUUGACUUCGAUAUCUUCACCGACUAUGAGGACCGGACACCUAUUGGUAUCGAGCGGAAGUAUUUCCUCACUGUGGACGAAAAAAAUUUGAAUCUUGAUGGAGUCGAGGCACCCCUUGGAAAGGUCCUCAACAAUAUGUACCCUGGUCCCUGGAUUCAGGCAUGCUGGGGCGAUACCCUAAACAUCACCGUCAAGAACAACCUCCGAUACAACGGAACAGCCAUCCACAUGCACGGUCUUCGUCAACUAAACACCAACAUCAUGGACGGCGUGCCCGGCGUAACCCAAUGUCCCAUUGCUCCGGGAGACAGCUUCAGCUACGUCUUCAACACGACCCAGUACGGAACAACCUGGUACCACAGCCACUACAGCCAUCAAUACUCGGACGGUGUUCGUGGUCCGAUCACCAUCCACGGACCCACGUCCUAUAACUUUACCGAUGCCAUUGACCCCAUCCUUAUUUCGGACCAUAACCAUCGAAGUGCGUUCCAGGAUUACUAUCAGGAGCAGUUUGCUAACGCGGCUGAGAACCGAGUCCCACCUAAGCAGACUAGUAUCAUCCUCAAUGGCCAUGGAAGCUAUGCGGGAUCCUUCCCUGAGAGACGAUACACCAAGCACGUCCAGCCGGGCAAAAGAUAUAUACUUCGACUGAUCAACGGCUCGACCGACACGACCUUUAUAUUCAGUAUCGACGGGCACAUCCUCCGGGUCAUCGGUACCGAUCUGGUCCCAGUGGUACCCUACACCACAGACCACAUUCAAAUCGGAAUAGGCCAACGCUACCACGUCGUCCUCGAAACCAACGCCACGCACCCCCCCUCCCUCAAGACAGGCUACUGGAUCCGCGCCGAACCAGCAGACGGGUGCCACAACUUCGAAACUUACCCGGACACCCGGCAAGGCAUCCUCUGGUACGGGCCCGGCAACCACGCGCCCAUCCCCACCACAAACUCCUUCCAAUACAACAACACCUGCAGCGACGAACUCACCGCCGUGCCGAUCGUCAACUGGACGAUCCCUCCCCCCUCCACCAUGACCAUGGUCGAGUACAGCCUCCCCCUCGCGGCCGUCGAAAUCAGCCAGAAGACGCUGCCCGCGGAAGGCACCGAUCCCGCCGUGACGGUCGACAGCUGGCAGAUCCUGGAGGAGCCGCUCACGGUGGACUACGAACGCCCAACCGUGAAGUUCCUCACCCCGCCGUACGACAACGACUCCGUCAUGUAUCCCGCCCAGCCGAGGGAUAUGUGGAAUUAUCUCUUGAUCAUUGGCGGCGCGCAGGAGAAUCCCUCCCCCGUUACCGGGGGGGCGUUGCUUCCUGUUGCGCAUCCUAUCCACCUCCACGGCCACGACUUCGCGGUCCUCCAAUACUCAACGGAGCCCUACGACGGGCCCGAAUCCAUCAACCUCGAACUGGAGAACCCGCGACGUCGCGACGCUGUCCUUCUCCCCCUGGAUGGGUUCAUCGUGAUCGCGUUCAAGUCUGAUAACCCGGGGUCGUGGAUUCUGCACUGCCAUAUCGCGUGGCAUUCGUCUGCGGGCCUGGCGUUCCAGCUGCUCAGCGACAGGGAUGUCUUGGAGGACCAGAUUCAGGAGGAUGUCUGGGCGGAUAGCCAGUUGAAUCGCACCUGCAGGAAUUGGGAGAGGUGGUUUGCGGAUGAUAGGAAUCAUUGGAGUCCGACGGGGCGGUUUCAGGAUGAUUCGGGGAUUUGA